CUCACUGACGAAAAAAUUGUCAAAAAUCCAAAGAAAAAUGUAUAAUGGAAUCGGGCUUCAGACGCCGAGAGGUUCGGGAACGAACGGCCACAUCCAGACGAACAAGUUCUUCGUGAAGUCAAAAUCGAACAAAGUAGUGACGGAUUCUUCGAUUAAAGGCUUCGAUGCCGGCCAGGGUACCGGCGGCGUGACCCGGAAAGCCAAUAAGGAGAUUCUGGAGCACGACCGCAAACGCCAGAUCCAGCUGAAGCUCCUCGUUCUUGAAGAUAAGCUUGUCGAUCAGGGCUACACCGAUGCCGAAAUUGCUGAAAAGCUUCAGGAGGCUCGACAAAACCUGGAGGCUGCCGCCGCUGCUGAAGAAGCUGGCGGCCCUUCGGCAAUCGUUGUCUCCUCCUCUGAUAACAAGGUUUCAGACACACAGACACACCAAAUAGCUGCUAGAAAGGAAAAGCAAAUGGAAACCUUAAAAGCUGCUCUAGGGAUUGGAUCUGAAACUAACAAGCAAAAGAAGCAGCAGGAUGCUUGGGUCUUGGAUUCUGAAGGUAGUGGCGAGGACGAAAAGAUAAGAAGCGGGAUUCUUGUUGAUGCUGCUGGCUACGGCAACAUUCAUGAAAAAGAUACAAAAAAAGAAAAGGUUCAAGAUACGAAGAGUAAGAAGAAUGAUGGUGAAAGAGAUACGACAAAGAAUCGCAAGAAGAAGCAAGGGAGAAGAAGAGGUGAAGACUCAUCUGAUACAGACACAGAAGGGAAAAAUGCAAGAGAAACUAGUGGUAAGCGUGGAAAAAACAGGAGGGCAAUUUCUAGUGAUGAUUCUGAUUCUGAUAUUGAGGAAAGGAGGCAAAAGUCGAGGAGGAAGCACAGAAGUAGUAGAAAGCAUGACAGUAGCUCCUCCAGUCCAGAGUCUAAUUCUGAUUCUAGUUCAGAGUCAGAAUCUGAUUAUAGUUCUGAUGAGGAGCUGAAGCAUAAAAGUCAAAAAGUUAAGCAACUGUCACGACAUAAGCGGUAUGAUUCUGAGGAUGAAUAUAAGCGAUAUGGUUGUGAGGAUGAAUAUGACAUUGGCAAGAGAAAAAGUGAUAAAGAGAAGAAAAGGAAUCAUCAUAGCAGAGCUUCUGUGGCAGAGAAAGAUGAUAAAUUGAAGACAGGGAAUAAAGGGAUGCAGAGAGUCAAUAGAAAGUAUGGUAAGGGAAGUGAUAUAUCUGAAGAAGAAACAAGAAAAACAUUGGUGAAAACUGACAAAAGAACACGCCGGCAUGACACUGAUGAGGACAGUUCUGAUUCUGAUUAUGAUGGGAAAAGGAGGACCAAGCGAGGUAGAAGACAUGAUUCUGAUGAGGAUGAUUGUGAAAUUAGGGGCAAGGCUUCUCUUGAGAAAAGCAGCAGGAGUGAUUCAGACUCUGAAACUAGUGAUCAGGGUCAUGGGAGGUAUGAGAAAUUUAAAUCCAGUGAGAAGAGCAGAGGUGGUUAUGAAAACAAUGUGAGUGGUAGAGGUGGAGGAAGUGUAGUAAAUGAGACAUUCAAGAAAUUGGAGCAGCUGCAACAGUCAAAGCAUGAUGUAAUGGAUGGAUCAAGGCAGGGCAAUCAAGAGACGACAAGGGGUAAGAAGAAGAUGGAUGAUGAAGAUCGGGAAGGAAAGCUUGAGGUGAAGUCAAGAAGGCGAGAUUCUGGUAAAGAGGCUGAUAAUGGAAGUCAGAGUAAAUCACUAAGGAAUGAGGAGAAUCAGGAUAGAGAUGGCAGAACGAUUAGAAAUGACCGAGGACAUGAACAUCGGGGCACUGGAAGGAAUCACCGUGAGCUGCAGCAUGGGGAUAGGAGAGGGAUUCAGGACGUUGAAAGGUAUGGACAGGAUAGAAGAGGAAAUAGGGAUGAGGAUAACAAUCGGGGAAGAAAGCACAAAAGAGAUGAAGAGGAAGAAACAUAUCGGGAUCGUGAAAAAGAUGGGGAGCAUCAACAAGAGAGGUUGGAGGAAGAGCAUGGACGCAGAAAGAAUGAUAGGCAUAGAGAAUAUGAGUCGUCCAAGAGAGGUCGAUAUGAUGAUUUGCAUUCCAGUCGAGAAAGACGAUAUGAUGAUGAUAGGCGUGAUGAGCGGCGAUCUAGGCGCUGAAACAUGGGUAGUUGAGACUUGCAGCCAGUAUCUAUCCACUCAAGGAAAGAAUGAGUUUCUUCCGUGUAGUGCUGGUUUCUCAGACUCUCUGCUAGGUCUGGGCCUGUUGAGGAUUUGCAUUGUAGCUAGGCGACCUGCUUUUAUUUGAUCAUGUACUAAAAGAUGUAAAAUCUCUGCUGUCAGACCUGGUUUUCUGAUGGGUUCUGUAUCUGAUUUUCCCUGAACGUUUGAUGUGAACUAAGCUUUUGUCUUCAACAGUUUGCUUGGCUCGAAGUUUGCUCAUUUCAAUGUCUGAGUUUUGAUCA